UGUACUUUACCGAACACGCAAACGCAAACAAUUUAUCAAUUAAUAUUUUUUAAAUUAAUUCAACAACAUGCAUUUUUUAAAUAAAUUCACCAACUCAAGAUUAUUUAUAUUCAGUGCAUUAUAAAGAUCUUAAUUCUUAUAUUGAUUUUGAAAAAUAAACUACAUGUUGAUAAACAAGUUAAAAUGUAUUACAAAAAGUUUGAACACUACCUAAUAUUAAGUUUGAUAAAACAAAUAACAAUGACACUAUAUGUGAGUGCUAAGCCGAUAGAUUUUGGACAAAAAAAUAUAUUAUUUUCGGACUAUCAAUUAGAAAAUUUAGCUAAUGAAGUGUGUAACGACUUGGAGUUAAUUAUAAAUGUGACUGCGAAGACCUGUAGGAGUAACUAUCGGGCGCCAGACUGGAGUAAGCCAAUAAACUCGACAACGGUGAGCGUGCGCUGCCUCACGCGACAUAGCAUCAGGUUCGACAUCGAACCCUCGCAGCACUACCAGCUCGUCGCCCUCGUCCCGCAGUUGAACAACGAUAGCAGUUCCGGGAUUACCUAUAUAAACUACAGUAUUAUACAGCCAUCUGAACACCAGGGGCAGAUAAGCACAACUCCUCAAAGAAACUACACGAUUUGGAGCGCAGUACUCAAAGAUGGGUCUCCGAUAGAAUGGCUAGGGGGUGACAAAGUGCCAUCCUACAAUAGUUCUAUGGAACACAGAAGAUAUGACAUCAAACCAGCCUUUCCUCUUAAGACGCAAGACUCCACUCUUACUGGACGCUUUUCUUGGAACAGAAUUGGUGAUUACGACGCAUGCUUCGACGUCGCCAAUUCUUGUGUAAAAACCAAAUUCCAGUCCACUAAAGUUGGGCCCAUUAGCAGAGACAACGACCCAGAGGUAGAGUUUGAGGUGCAGCCGAAUGACGAGUGCAGUAUCAGAGUGACGGGGCUAUAUGGGUCUACCGACUUUCAAUACGUCACGCCUCCCUGCGAUGAGUCUCAGUGUCCACAAAAUGCAGAGGAAAUACAACCAGAGAUUCCUGAUAACAUAACAAUCGUGGCAAUUAAAGACAUCAGUGGCACCUGGGAUGUGUACGUCUUCUGGCAGAAACCACAGCUCUUUCCUGACUAUUACAAUGUGACUGUGCACGCAGCAAAUACACGCACUGUCAUCGUACCAGGGAAUGAAACGGAAACAGUGGUCAAAGGUGUGGAGGGCGAUGAAGGUUUAAUAUAUGAAGUCCUAAUGUACUCCAAGAUUGGGAGGUGGGAGGGCCACACGAGCAGAAGAGCUGCCUUGCCUAGCACAAAGGAGGCGCGGGGCGCGGGCGGCGGGGGCGCGAGUGGCGCGGCGCUGGGCGCGGCGUGCGCGGCCGCAGCCGCUCUGGCGCUGCUGUGUCGCUGUCGGUGGGGCCGGCAACGAGUGGCUGUUCCUCCUUACAAGCCGGACGACAAACCUUCGAAAGAUGGCGACACAGAGGUACUCGAAGUGUGGAGCGAGUCGGAGGACCGGUGGGAGGUGCGCGCCGACAAGCUGGUACUGCACGAGGUCAUCGGGGAGGGAGCCUUCGGCGUCGUGCGCAGGGCCACGCUCGCGCCACACUCCACGCCCGUCGCUGUUAAGAUGCUAAAAGAUUUCCCAUCGCUCGACGAGAUCAGGUCGUUCCGUUCGGAAAUGGAGCUGAUGAAGAGCGUGGGCGUGCACCCGCACCUCGUGAGCCUGGUGGGCUGCUGCAGCGGCAGGAGACCGCUCAUCAUUGUCGAGUACUGCAGUCGAGGAGAUUUGCUCAGUUACUUGCGAUGCACAUGGGAUGUAAUGUUAUCCAAACGCAACGCAAAAUACUACAACAACAACAUAGAUGUUUCUGACUACAGAAACGACUUAUUCAAGUGUAAAGCGCAGAUGGAGAGCUCCAAACUUGUCGUGAAUAAACUGUAUGAGCUUCAAGAGAUUUGCGACAAGGAACUGACGGCGUUAGACCUUCUAUCUUUCUGCCGUCAAAUAGCUAUGGGAAUGGAGUUCCUAGCUGCUAACCGGGUCGUUCAUAGAGAUUUAGCGGCAAGGAAUAUAUUAGUGACAGCUGACAGGACGCUGAAGAUUGCAGACUUCGGGCUGUCAAGGGAUGUUUAUGAAGAGAAUCAGUAUAAGCAGAAGGGUAAUGGAAAAAUGCCUGUUAAGUGGAUGGCCUUGGAGUCGCUGACGAGAAGGAUAUAUACUACGCAAAGUGAUGUCUGGUCUUUCGGCGUGGUAGCAUGGGAGGUGGCGUCACUAGGAGGUGCGCCAUACGCAGGAGUGCCGGGAGCUCGUCUGCCGCGGCUGCUGCGUGGAGGCUACCGCUUGCCAAGACCUGCACACUGCAGUCCACUUCUUUACGACAUAAUGCUAUCCUGCUGGCGCGCGCACCCCCGCGACCGGCCGACCUUUGCAGAGCUGCAUCAACGACUGGAUGAGCUACUCAACAGCGCAUGCGCCAACCAAUACCUCUCGCUAGAGAUAGACGCAGACGACGCGCCGCCCACGCCGAAGCACCAUCGAUAUAUUAAGAUGCUUAUGAGAGGCAAGCGCGGCUGGACUCGAGGCGAAUCAUACGAGCGUCCCCUAAAAGCCCCACAUGCCAACCACUACACCACGCCACCAGACUCGCUCAGCGCGCAUCCUGCGUGACGUCAUAAACCACAUUACCUCGGAUGAAGAAAUUAUAACAAUACGGCAUGGUUUAUUCGGUCAAAGAGCCAUUAAGUAGAAUAGGUACUUCAAGGAAGGCUUGCUUCGCACUGUUCUUAGUAUCGAUAACUCACUAUCGAUAAAAUUACCAAACUACCUGAUUUGACCGAUAACAAAACUAGUACUAGAGUGUACUCUAUCGAUAUAGGCCUAUCGAUUAAUUGGUCCAUUAAUAAGUUUCUGGGUUCUGAUUUUAAGGUUUUGAAGAAUCGAGAUCAAAGGAUAAAAUAUAGAGCAGCACUAAGAAAAUGAAUGCCACCGGUAUUACACUAGUACUUAACGCGUGGAAAAUGUUCAUGUGAUAUAUAGAUCUGAAAGUGAAUUUCAUAAAGUUUAAUUAACAAAUAUUGUAUCUAUGUUGCUGUGUUAUGCUGUGAUACGUAUCUGUAAUUAAGUAAUUAUGUAUAUAUGUGAUGUAGAAAAUUAUGUAAAUGACUUACAAAUUAGAUAUUUCUUAUAAAAUUUAAUAAUAAAAAUGAAUAAUUUGACAUGUAUGUUUUAUAUAAAAAGGAAAUUCAAUGUAAUUCAGGUUCAAGGAGUAAAUGUUUUUGAAAAAUGCUGCUUCAAAGAUGGUAAAGUUCCAAACAAAUUAUCUUAGGUAUUAUAAUGUGUAAGAUAUUAAGGAGUACCGUUUGUUUAAUAAAAUAUAAUAGGAUAAAAGUAUUUUUCUAAUAGGUAUUUUUGUAAAAACAGUAAUUAAUUUUUAAGUUAUAAUUAAUAUGUGUACAUCAAAAGAAUGUGUUAA